AUGAAUUUGCUGUUUUUAAAUUUCUGGGAGCAUUUUGAUAUUUUAGAAAUUUUUAUUAAAAAUUGUUUUUUUAAUAUUAGAAUUGGAAAUGUUAAUUGGCAAACAACCUCCUUCCCUACACCUAAAAAUGAAGAAGAAGAAGAAAAAAAUAUUUUUGUCAAACAAAAACAACAACACUUUACAAAUAAAAGGACAACAACAAAACAAACAAAUACUUUAAAUAAUAUAACAAUAAAAGAACAUUUGGGGACAACAACAACAAAUGAGGGAUUAUUGAAUGAUUUUUGGAGUGAACUUGAACAUGAAGAUGAAAUUGAAGAGGAAGAGGAAGAAGAUGAAGUGAAACAAUUGGAUCAGAAUAAAAUUAAUAAUGAGGAGAAUAUAUUGGAUGUUUUGGGAGGAGUUAAAGAUAGUUCUAGACAUAAAAGAGAAAUUGCAAAAUAUAGUGAUAACAAUGAAGAAUUCUUUGAAGAAACAUUUCAGCCCACUAUAGAAUUCAAUUGGGCUCAAGAAAAAAUUCGAAGACUUGCUCAAAGUUUGCUUUUUAGUUCUCCGGGUAUUGCAAUAACGAUUUCACAUUUUCCUUCAUAUGUUAUUCUUCGCCGUUUUGGCUCUUAUUUGCCUAUUUUUAUUGCUCUUUUGAUUUCUUCAAUAAUUACUGGAGGAUUUCCUUUUAUUCUUGGAUUGGAUGCCCCUUUUCCACUUAUUAUGGUCUCAAGAAUUCUUUUGGGUAUUUGUUUCUCUCCUGUUUUUACAUUUUUUGGUCAAAUGUCAGCACAAUGGGCAAGUGUUGGUGAACAACAUUUUUUUGUUUUAACUGGAUUUUUGGCACUUUUGUUUGGCCCAAUAAUAAGUUGGAUAUUUACUGUUUGUUUUCUUUGGUUUGAUGCAAAAAGUAGAAUUUUUGUUUUUGGUUUUCAUGGAGCUUUGAGUCUUUCUCUUGCAUUUAUUUGGCUUAUUCUUUACAGGGAUCAGCCUCAAACACACAAAUUAGUUAACGGAGAAGAAUUGCAUUAUAUUGUUAAAAGAAAGCCUCGUCAAAAACACACACUUUUAGAAUUAAAUUUGCCCAAUUCUCUUGCUUGUCUUUUACUUCGUUCAACUUCUGCUUGGGCUGUUUGGAUAUCCUCAUUUUGUUUUUUCUUUGCUAUAUUAACUCUUUUAAUAUUUUAUCCAAUAUUUUUACACAAAAUUAUGAGACAAUCACUUGAUUGGUGGUAUUUGACUUUUUUAACUUUUCUUCUCUGUCAUUUUAUUUCUUCAUUUAUUUUACAUAAAAUGAAAUUAAAUAUUCUUCGUCACAAUACUUUAAUUGUUCGAAUAUUCAAUAAUUUUGCAUUUGCAAUUUCUGCUAUUAUUUUUUUGUUUAUUGCAAUGUUGCCUGGAAAUGAAGAACAACCUUUUACAAAUAAUUGGAGACUUAUUCUACUUUCAAUUUCAUUAUUUCCACUUGGUUUUACUUCACUUGGAUUUAUUAAAUCAGCCGUUAUUAGUGGUGGAACUCAUUUUACUCAAUAUAUUAUCUCUCAUAUGCAAUUAGCCUUUGGAUUAGCCUAUACUUUAAUUCCAACUCUUCUUUUUUCGAAUAUUUCAGCAACAAGUGUAUUAGUUCAUUGGCGUUUGCUAUUUUUGAUUUGUGCGUUAUUAUUGCUUUUGGGAGUGGCGAUUUUUACGAUUUUGGGGCGUGGCACACCAACGAGUUGGGCCGAACAAUGGUCUCAAGAAGCUGUUGGGGAUAUUCCUUUACUUUUUGUCAAAUUUUCUCCUCAACACCAACCGCUGAGGUCUUCUGCUACUUCCCCAGCUGCAGCCCAACUUGCUUCAGUUGCCUCGGAAGCCGCUGCAGCGGGAGCGGCAUUGUCUUCCAUGCAUCGUUUUUAUGAUGGUGAAAGGCUUUGA